AUGUCUUUACAUGAGGCUCAGGAUGUCGAAAUGCCAGAUACUCUUCCAGAGAAUGUUACGCAGGACUUAGGACAAGAGAAUUCAUUUGACGGUAAAGCCGUGAUAUCUAAUACUAAUCCAAAACAAAAUGAAUCGGCAAUUAGAUUUGACGGGAGAGAUGACAGCUCGUCUGUUCCUUCAAUGACAUUAGCUGCAUCUAAAGAUAGUGAACCAUCAGCUUUAUUACGCACAAAGAAGUCGAAUAAAAUGGCACCCUCUCAACCGCAAAACAACUCAUCAAAUCUACAAGCGUCUGCUAGUUCGGACCAGCCCUUUCACGAUGCAGAAAAUAUGAUUCAAAAUGAGGUUGAGAGACUCAAAGAAGUCUUGUUAGAUGUAUCCCCAAAGGCUGCCCAGAAGGUAUUGAGAGAGAUGUGGCGUGUCUUCAUGUUUGCAGAGUUAGAUGAAGAUCAUGUUUCAUUUCUAUUACGUGCUGGUUUAAAGAAUGCCAAUUCGUCAAUAUUGAGUAGAGUCUUUCGAGAUGAGUCCUUAUACAGAGGUCAGAUGCUCGAAUUUAUUUGCAGGAAGGGUCAGACUAUAGCACGGGUUCUCCAGACUGCAACUUCCAAUCAACUUACUUCACUUGUUCCUGAAAGCGUGCUCGAUGAUGCAAUCGCUGAACGACUCAAAUACGUGUCUGCUAGAGACAUUGUUAACUGGCUUGCUUCAGCUCAACGCCUUGGAUAUCGGUGUGAAGAUAUCAUUAAUGAAAAUGAUGAGUCUGUUGUUCCUUUUGACAUACAUCGAGUUGCACCUUAUUCUGUUCGACAGAACGAAACAGUCCAAAAUUUGGUGAACCCAGCUCCACCCAACAACUCAUAUCUCGGACAACAACCAAACAAUUCUCAGUAUCCAAAAGAUCUGACGAAUGUAGGAACAACAGUCAGUAAACCUAGUCAGCAAGCUCUUCAAACAUCAGAAUAUCAAAAUUAUCAAGCAGUGGAAGAAGCACCUCGAGGAGUAGACCCGUUGAAAAAUAAACAGCUGCGCAACCAAACUGCGGAAUCAUUAUUACGUACACAAUCACCUUCGCAAGCGAAUGAAGGGCAAACAUUAGCAACAAAGGCCUCCUCACAGAGCGUGCAAAAGUCUGAUCUAAUAUGUCCUUGCUGUUCAUGUUCGCUUCCAAAUCUCAUGGCUUUUGCUUCCCAUCUAAGGGAAAAAUCUUGUGUAAAACAAAUAACUGAAAAUAACCGGAAAUUUAUUCCCAGCCAUUACCAACCUACUAUGUCAAGUAGAAAUACUUCACAAACUCCAUCCUAUACUCAUCAGACGGUUGACCAAUCACCUCAAACAAACCUUGCAAAUCAUGCUGAUAAUUACCUUGCGUCAUCUCAAAGGUCGACGCCGAGUCUUGAACACCCUCAAUCCCAAAAAUCAGCACCUGAUCUUCAAACUAUCAGUAAUCUAUACCCAUUGACUAAUGAAAAUGUAGGAAUUCACACUUUGACCCCUGCACAGCUAAACCAAAAUUUCCAAGGCCCGACUCAACCUCAGCAGCCUUUAACGUUCACUCCUUCGGGUAGUCCUAUGCCUUGGUCUUGGUCGCAAAAGAUGCCACAAGGCGUUCAAGCAACCCAAAAAAAUACCAAAAACCAAUCCACAUUUUCCGAAAAAAACUUAAGUCCCCAGUUAUCGGGGACCGAGAUUCCGAUCGAAAAAUUAAUCGCCAUGGAGGGUGAAAUUAAACAAAUCGAGGAUAACUUGAAACACGAAAUUGCAAGAAUACCUGUUGAGUGGCAGCAUGAUCAACGCCAAGCCAGAAUACAUUCAUUAAAAAGUAUGGCAUCCAAUAAAAAAACUGGCAUCCGGAAGUCCUAUGGCGUGUCUCUAAAAUCCCACAAACUGGCUAGAAAAGCUAUCAAUCAAUCUUCGACCAAAUCUAACUAUGGCCAUGCGAGAACUUUACUCAUUGCCAAUUCUAGUAACUCUCAAUAUUCUGGCUCCAAUUCCAAUAGCCAAAAUUCUUCUGAAGCACAUGGAACCUAUCUUAUGCGACAAGUAGAUUCACCAAACGUGCAGAUUACACAUCCCGGCAGAGAUGUUGAUAAUUCUCAGUCCUAUGAGUCCCCAAAUUCAAUCAUACCAAAUAUUAACACCGAUGAGCGAAAAAAUAGUAAAGGAAAUGCAGAAAGCAGUAUUAUAAAGGAAAGCCCGAAGAACACACAAGAAAUAGAGUCCAACCAAAAUAUAGAUCUACAAGUUAUAAAACAUAUCAGAAAUGAUCUUGAGAAUCCCAAUGAAGCUUCCAAUUCUGAUGAAAGAGUCAUACCGGAGACUGGGUUGAUUGAAAACAAUUUUCAAGAUUCUGAUAUUCAAACAGUCAGCAUCGAAGCCAAUUCUAUUUUAGAUUCAAAGACAAUUUCUAAAGACACAAAAGAAAUCUCUGAUCCCGAAAUAAUCGAGGUCAGCGACAUACUCGUGACUGAUUUAACUUCGAACUUAGAAGAUAACGACAAGAUUCAUCCACCAGAUCCAAAGUGCAUCGAAGGACCUUCUAAAACCAAUGAUAAAUUAAAAAUUUUACCAGAGCAAGAGUACACAAUUCCUAGUCCCGAAAAGGAGAUAAAGACUAGAGAUAAUAAUGAAUAG